AUGAAUCGUGUGCUUUUUUUUCUUCUCUUUGUGCUGAGCGUCGUUUGUGUGGGAGCUGUGGCUGGUGUGGAGGCUGUAGCUGGGGCCGCUGGAGAGGAUGUUCCUGAAGAGCCUGUUGCUUCUGGUGAAGGUCUUGGUGCUAAGGGUCAGCCUCAUGGUGGUGGCGGUGAAGAUGGGAGAUCAGGUGUGGAACCCAAACAAGAACCUGAAAAUGAUCUUGCUCUCAAGGGCCCUAAUGAAAGUGGUCUCGUGUCUAAAGAUGAAUUGGAACUGAAGGGCCCAGAAGGGGAUUUGAAAGGGCCUAAGGUGAACGUGGAGCAAACACAAAGGGACGCAGAAGAAAGGCAUGCUGAAGAUACUCAAGAGGUUAGAAACCCGUCUGAGAGGGAUAAUCACGCUGGACAAAGUCAGAACCAUCAGGCACAAACUUCUGAUCCUGAAAGAACUUCACGUUCUCCUGGUAUUUCUUCUUCAGCAGUUCUUUCUACUACAUCACAUCCUGAAGGAACCACAAAAGGUGAUGAAUCCGUGACUCGAGAGAUAACAAGUGGAAAUCGUUCACAGGAUAACAGUGAUCAGAGAGAUAAUGAACAAGGUGCCAACACACAGAACACGCACACAACAAGGCCAGAACGGAAUGAUGGAGAGGACUCUUCCACUUCCACAACUCAAAGUACAGGUAAUACUUCUUCCAGCAAUAUACCUACAGAUGAAGCGCAGAAUAAUCAGGCUGAAAGUGACCCGAAUGCUGCAAAACCAUCAGAGGGUGAAUCAACCAGUGAGGAAUCAACCACCACCACCACCACAACAACAACAACAACAACACUUCCUCCUGAACUCACAAACAACAAGAAGGGUGAUGCAGACAGCAGCAGUAGUAUCAGCAGUUCUGUGUGGGUGCGUGUGCCACUACUGAUUGUGGUUACACUGUCCUGUAUUCUUGUGUGCUGA